AGACAUGAGCAUUUUUUUGUGUCCUGUUCCCUUGGUGUAAUGUUGUGUGUCAACGGUCCAGGAUAUAAGAACAACAGUGAACACUUUGACUCACCACAGUUUUUUUUCCAAAUGAACUAUCAAGUUCAAGGACAUAUAUAUACAUAUACUAAAAGAGAAAUAUCGAAAGACAUUGGCUUCCUAACAAUAGAAAAAGAGUCCUUCUAUACGAGAAAUAGAAACAUUGACAACAAAUUUGGUCCAUCCCAGUUUGCCAAAAGGAAGUGGUCCUAAAGGAUUUUUUCAGGGGGGUGAGAAACAGUGAGGAACAGACUAACCUACAAUGAUCCCCCUGAAUUCAAUAAUCGUUUUUAAUGCCACUAUUGUGCGUCCUGAGUUCUUUUUCAUAAGUGGGUUUUCCGGUAUUCCCCACACAAAAUACUUCUACAUGUUCUUGUGCUUUGUUUAUACUCUGUCUGUACUGGGAAACACUUUUGUCAUGUUUGUGAUUUACUCUGACCACUGUCUUCACAGUCCAAAAUACAUUUCAGUGUUUAGUUUGGCUGUGUCUGACGUGUGUGUAAGCACUGCACUUGUUCCUCCAUUGAUUGACACCUUCCUGUUUAAAUCGCAGUUAAUCUCUUAUGAGGCCUGCUUGUCUAAUAUGUUCUUUGUUUUUGCGCUUCUCACUAUGCAGUCUUUCACUCUCACUAUUAUGUCCUAUGAUAGAUGUGUCGCUAUAUGCUUUCCACUGAGAUACAACGAGAUUGUGACUAAUAAAUCGAUGUUGGUGAUCACAGCUGUAACAUGGAUUAUUGCAGGACUGGCUAAUGUCAUAGCUGUGCUUUUUAUCAGCAGACUGUCAUUCUGCAAAUCCAUUGUGAUAAACAGUUAUUUCUGUGAUCACGGACCCACGUUCCAUUUGGCUUGCAAUGACAACACUCCGAGUAAUGUGAUUGGCUGGACGUAUCCUCUGGUGUUUCAUUUGUUUCAGUUACUGUUUAUCAUAGGCACAUAUAUUUCUAUAGCCAGAGCAUUAUUGAAAAUUGCUGUGGCCUCUGAGCGCCUCAAAGCCAUGAAAACCUGCAGCGCUCAUUUGAUCUUGGUGAGUGUGUAUUAUUUUCCUUUAUGCAUCUCUUUCAUACUGGGCUCCAGCAUUCCCCAGAACAUCAGGAUUAUGAACAUGUCUCUGGCGAUGGUCUUCCCACCGAUGCUGAAUCCAAUCAUUUACUCACUGAAGACGGACGAAUUCAGAGAAUCCGUUAAGAAGCUGUACAAGCGAAAGAAGAUACACAUCACUGUAAGAAAUAAAUGAAUAAACGUUUCAAUCGUGAACGACUGACUGGGACAUUUGACUCUCACUUUCGGUGUAGGAGAGCACAGAAGACCACGUUCCGUCCUCUGAUAUACGUGAACGUCAAACCACUGCAGUCCACAGAAUUUGAUGUCGAACAGAAGCUGAGUUCUGUGGACAAGCCGGAAUGAGCCGGAAGGGCGCACGUCAUGUGCAGGUUUGAGAAAGCAGAUAAAUUUAUUCAUGAGGCAUCUGCCAACUUUAUUGUAUAUUUUUAGAUCCUUAUGCAAUGUAAUUGGACAUAAUUCCAUGAAAAUAUACUAAAUGUGUGACAUUGGUUUAUAAAAAUUUGCGAACUCUGUACGUUGUAAUGAAUUGGAAAUGGUUCAGGAUUUGGCAAUUCUAUGCAAAUACCUGAAUUACGCAAUAAUCUAUCUCGCAAUGAAAUUGAUUUUAUUGCAUUAUCAUUAAACCUACAUGGUUUUUGCCUGUAUGUACAG